GUUUAGACACGAGACGGUAACUCAAUCCUAAUCACCACCCUCCAUCGCAGGCUCUGGACAGUGCAACAUAACCGCAGGCCAUAAGGACUGCCAUGGUAUGCCAUGUCAAGGAAUAAAUCACGCUCACGCACGGCCCUUCCCAAAGGGCGUCAGGCUUUUGGAGCAACAACUGAGGAUGACCUUCUGACAGGAGAGCCAAGGCAGAUACCGUCUGCUUCUGCACUGUCCGUUCGUACUCUGACCUCAGGUGGACCUAUUUCAACGUUGACAACAUUGGCUGCCCGUUGUUUUGUGGAAAACAUCCAAGUGCUAUCAUCAAAUGAACGGCUUUGGCGGUACGUCAGAGUGUGGUUAAAGCGCCUGCCAGACGUUAUGGUACCAAAACUAUUCAAUAUGCUGCAACGGUUUUGUCCAAACCUCCUCUCGCAUGGUUUCAUCGCGUUGUAUUUUCUCCGUGGCCCUUCACUCGUACUAUCCAGUGCCCUGCCAGGUGUGCUAAAGCAGACUAUCGUCUCUGUCGCGAGGAACGACUCCCUUCGCGAGCUCCACUUGAUUGGAUUUGACAAGUACUCGGACUCGCUCUUUGCAUCAUUGGUGUCUCACCUGCCGCAAUUGCGCGUUCUCGUGCUUCGCGGGUGUACCCAAGUUAGUGUAAAGACCGCAGAGGCUGCGGCUUCAUGUCAUUUCCUGACUAAAGUCAACUUCAACUAUACUGGGGUCACUCCAGCAUCCCUUGGCAGUAUUCUCAAUUCCUGCACGUCGUUGCAAGUCAUAAAAGUAGCCGGAAUAUCUAGUUGGUCAGACGCAACAUUUGCGAAGUUGUUCGAUCGUCUUUCGGAGACGAACACCGUCUUCGCAAAUCUACAAAAUCUGAAGUUGAGGCAACUUUCGCUGUCCGAUGUAUCUAUACAGCCCUUUUUGGCUCGUUGUCCCAACCUGAAGCGCCUAGAUGUUUCUUUCACACACAUUCGCCGCUCGCCAUUUGACACAAAUUCCAUUCCCGCAUUGGAGAAGCUGACCUUCACCUCUACAAAUGUGCCGCCCACGGAUGUCAUAGCUUUGAUCGCGGGAUUGCCUCAUCUACAAACACUCGCUUUGGGAGCCCUUGGUGGUGGUGGACAAGGUUCAUUUGUUUCCGUGGGGAACCCCUCCGCAAUGAGCAUGACCGACGAGUCACUGGCGUUCCUCACAGAUAAACUUGUAACGCUCAGGGACCUAGAAAGAGUCAGUCUCGUGGGCAAUUCGAAGUUGGGAGUGACAUUCAGAGGGAACGGAGCGCUCACAGAAUUCGUUCAGAAAGUGGGAAGGAGACUCAAGCAACUAAAUUUUUCCGGAUUGCAGUAUCUGAGAUCAAGGGAUCUGUGUGGGUUAGUAGCUGAGACGAACGAAGAAGACCCACCGCGAUUACGAGAACUCAAUUUGAAUCACACUGGUGUCGAUGACGAGGCAGCGCCAUAUCUAUCAAGUUGCUCUUCGCUUGUUUCCCUUGAACUAGCGGGGACCAAGAUAACUAGUCAGCUCCUUGCCUCGCGUGUACACUCUCUGUUGAUAAACCUGUGUCCCACAGGUGCUGGGCUCUUUCCUAUAAUCGAUGCAUGCCCGAAACUCGAGCAACUUGACCUCACCAGCUGUCGAGGUAUCAAGAUCGCAGAUCGACGCAGAUUCUUUGAGGUUUGGGAACGUGAGUGGAAGGACACGUAGAGCAGCGUGUACACGGGUGACUGGCUUUGCCGUCGCAUCACAAUUGGCAUGGAAAGCCUCGAGGCUGCAAAUUUUUCCGCUUUUGGCAUACUUUGUCUUCAAACUAAGCGAAGCCUAUAGUUUGCGUAGUACUGUGACGUAAUGGACCAUUGUUAUCGUUUGUGAGCUGGGUGUAUGUAUACAAGCAGCCAGCCUGUCCGCCAUCGACAACACGCCUCGUCUGUCCCUCCUCCCUCACUCUCGCUAGUCGUUCGCUAAUAUCUCUGUCGUUCCUUCAAUGUUCCACUU